CUCCAUCACUGUGUCUUAUUUUACGCGUUCUGUUUUCCUGUUUUCCCAGUUCCCACUUCGUCUUCUCCUCCCUCUCCUCCACUCUCUGUUUCAUCUUCAAUUCUCUGCCAAUCCAAUCUCUUUUUAGCUGGUUUCUACUGUUGGGAUUUUGAGAACCGGGUUUCUUGUGUUAGAGGGUUGUGAGAUUAAAAAUGUUGAAUUUAGGUAGUGAUUGAUUUAGGGUUUGAGGUUUGGAGUGUUCAGGAUUUUGCAAUGAGACGCCGGUCUCCGACAAAUGUUUCUUCUGAGCUGAUGGAGAAAGGGGGAGGAAAGAAUCAACAUAACCGCCUUUGUUUGUUGGCUUCGCUCUCUGCCUUCUUUUGGAUUUUGUUAUUGUAUUUUCAUUUUGUUGUUCUAGCAGGUAGCACUGUUGAUAAAUCUGUCAAAUUGGAUCCAACCCCGUUAAACCCAGAAUCAAAAACCCCUGCUUUUGUAACCGAUAAUCGGUUACCAGACAACCCUUUGAAAAGUAGCCCUAGUACUAGUGAGACCAUCCCAUCAAAUGCUACUCCUAGUAGUACUGAAACCACCCCAUUGAAAACUACCUCUACUAGUAGUCAAAAGAUUGAGAAGUUCCCUUUUACGAGAGCUUUGAGAACGGUGGAAAAUAAGAGUGAUCCGUGUGGAGGGAGGUAUAUUUAUGUCCAUGAUUUGCCUUCUAGGUUUAAUGAGGAUAUGUUGAAGGAGUGUAGGAGUUUGAGUCUUUGGACCAAUAUGUGUAAGUUCACAACUAAUGCUGGGAUGGGACCCCCACUGGAGAAUGUUGAAGGGGUGUUUUCAAAUACAGGUUGGUAUGCCACAAAUCAGUUCGCAGUAGAUGUGAUAUUCAGUAAUAGGAUGAAGCAGUACGAGUGCUUGACAAAUGAUUCUUCUGUUGCUGCUGCGAUUUUUGUGCCAUUUUAUGCGGGGUUUGAUAUUGCUAGGUAUCUUUGGGGGCAUAAUGUUUCGAGGAGGGAUGCUGCUUCGCUUGAUUUGGUUGACUGGCUCAUGAAGAGGCCAGAGUGGGGGAUUAUGCAAGGCAGGGAUCAUUUUUUGGUUGCUGGGAGGAUUACAUGGGAUUUCAGGAGGCUAACGGAUGAAGAAUCGGAUUGGGGUAAUAAGCUUCUAUUUUUGCCAGCUGCAAAAAAUAUGUCAAUGCUUGUGGUCGAAUCAAGUCCAUGGAAUGCUAAUGAUUUUGGCAUUCCUUAUCCGACCUAUUUUCAUCCCGCAAAGGAUGCUGAUGUGUUUACUUGGCAAGACCGAAUGAGGAAAUUAGAGAGGAAAUGGCUCUUUUCUUUUGCCGGGGCACCACGCCCUGAUAACCCCAAAUCAAUCAGAGGGCAGAUCAUAGAUCAGUGCAAGAAGUCAAAGGUGGGCAAGCUGUUGGAAUGUGAUUUUGGGGAGAGCAAGUGUCAUUCACCAAGCAGCAUAAUGCAGAUGUUUCAGAGUUCUCUUUUCUGUCUCCAGCCUCAAGGUGAUUCUUACACGCGGAGGUCAGCUUUCGACUCAAUGCUGGCAGGUUGCAUUCCUGUCUUCUUCCAUCCUGGUUCGGCGUACACACAGUAUACUUGGCAUCUUCCAAAGAAUUAUACGACAUAUUCAGUGUUCAUUCCAGAGGAUGAUAUCCGUAAGAGAAAUGUUAGCAUUGAAGAACGGCUUAGUCAAAUUUCUCCUGAGCAGGUCAAGAUCAUGAGGGAUAAUGUUAUAAACCUCAUUCCAUCGCUUAUAUAUGCAGAUCCUCGCUCAAAAUUGGAGACUCUUAAAGAUGCUUUUGAUGUCGCCGUACAGGCAGUCAUUGACAAAGUUACAAGGUUGAGGAAGAACAUUAUUGAAGGCCGUACAGAAUAUGAUAAUUUUGUGGAGGAGAACAGUUGGAAAUAUGCAUUGCUAGAUGAAGGACAGCGUGAGGUGGGGGGUCAUGAGUGGGAUCCUUUCUUCUCAAAACCAAAGGAUGGCAAUGCUGAUUCUGGUGGUUCAUCUGCUGAAGCUGCAAAAAAUUCAUGGGAGAAUGAGCGAAGAGGUCAGUCAUGAUGUAGAGCUGAUGAUAUAGCAAUAGAAGUCUGAGUAAUCUCCAAUGGAUGCCACAUAGCAUAGAGCAAGCCGGCCCCGCUAAGGUAUGGACCGUUGUCAAGACCUGGUGAUGAAAACUUUGUGGAAACUAUAAUGAAGUUUAUCAGGCACAGAUCCUUGUUUUAAUCCAAAAUAUACAAUCACUGCUUCUAAUAUACAUAUAUUACAGGUUUUCUUCACCUUCUGCAUUAUUUGUUUUGCUUAGCAGCAAUUUUUUUACUGUAUUGUAGUGAAAUAUCGAUAUUUUUUGUUUCUCUGAUUAUUAAAUACAAGAAAUAAUAAAUGAGUGUUGAUAAA